AUGCUUUAUGUCACAGGUAUUGGCGCUGUCUUGAAAGAGAACAACAAGAAGAGAGUGGAAGCUCUUAAGUCGAAGAAAAAGGAAAGUGGUGAAGAAGCCAGGUCACCUUCGAUCGAAACCUUGCUGGAACAGCUUUAUGACAACGGAUCAAGCCAAGCAGCUGAGUCCAAGGACCAGGACACAAAGCGACGGAUGCGGAUUAAAUCCAAAGGCAGGGACGAUCGUGCAGAAACAUGCAGCAAGACUGAGGACAAGCGCACAAGCAGCCCCAGCCAGCCAGAGAAGAAGCUGAAAACUUCGGCAGCAGCCAAAGACCGAAGCCACAGCAAACCUGAGAAGCCGGCCCGCAGCAGCAGCAGCCCACCAGAGAAGCCCAAAACCGCAGACCCAACAAAGAACACCAAGGAGAAGGAGAAGGUCCGCAGCAGCAGCAGCCCGCCAGAGAGGGCCGAGAAGCCUGGCAGUGAAGCCCCAGCAACGAAGAGAGGGAAGGAGAAGGAUAGCAGCAGCAGUCCAGGCUCAGAGCCAGCAAAGACAGGAAAUGUCCGCAGCACCAGCAGCCCGCCAGAGAAGCCCAGAAGUGCAGACCCAGCAACGAAGACAAAGCAAAAGGCGAACAAAAGCAGCCCGUGCUCAGAUGCAACAAAGAAGACCGCAGAGAAGGAGAAAACACGCAGCAUCAGCAGCCCACCAGAGAAAGCCCGCAGCAGCAGCCCAGUUUCAGACAAAACGAAGAAGACCAAAGAGCUUAAGGAGAAGGCCCGCAGCACCAGCUGCCCGCCACAGAACGCCGAGAAGCCCAGCAGCACAGACCCAGCAAAGAAGACACAGGAGAAGCACAGCAACAGCCCAGGCUCGGAAUCUAAGGCCAAGGAGCUUAAGGAGAAGCCCCGCAGCACCAGCAGCAGCCCAGCUUUAGACCCAACAAAGACUACCAUCGAGAAGGAAAAGAACCGCAGCAGAAGCAGCCAGCCACAGAAGACCGCAAUGACCAAGCAGAAGGAGAAGGUACGCAGCAGCAGCAGCCCACCAGAUACCAAGGAUGAGAGCAAGGCCCGCAGCUCUAGCAAGGAGAACGACAGCAGCAGCAGCCCAGGCGCAGACGCAGCAAAGAAGAGAAAGGAGAAGCAGAGCAGCAGCAGUCCAGGCGCAGACGCAGCAAAGAACACGAAGGACAAGGAGAGCAGCAGCCCAGGCUCAGACGAAGCAAAGAAGAGGAAGGACAAGGAGAGCAGCAGCCACCCAGGCUCAGAAGCAGCAAAGAAAACGAAGCAGAAGGAGAGCAGCAGCCCAGGCUCAGACGAAGCACGCAAGAAAAAGGAGAAGGAGAGCAGCAGCCACCCAGGCUCAGAAGCAGCAAAGAAAACGAAGGAGAAGGAGAGCAGCAGCAGCCCAGGCUCAGACGCAGCAAAGAAGACGAAGGAGAAGGAGAGCGGAAGCCACCCAGGCUCAGAAGCAGCAAAGAAGACGAAGGAGAAGCAGAGCAGCAGCAGCCCAGGCUCAGACGCAGCAAAGAAAACAAAGGAGAAGGAGAGCAGCAGCCACCCAGGCUCAGAAGCAGCAAAGAAAACGAAGGAGAAGGAGAGCAGCAGCCACCCAGGCUCAGACGCAGCAAAGAAGAAAAAGGAGAAGGAGAGCAGCAGCCACCCAGGCUCAGAAGCAGCAAAGAAGACGAAGGAGAAGGAGAGCAGCAGCAGCCCAAUCUCAGACCCAGCAAAGAAGACAAAGGAGAAGGAGAGCGGCAGCCACCCAGGCUCAGAAGCAGCAAAGGAGAAGGAAAGCAGCAGCAGCCCAAUCUCAGACCCAGCAAAGAAGACAAAGGAGAAGGAGAGCGGCAGCCACCCAGGCUCAAAAGCAGCAAAGGAGAAGGAAAGCAGCAGCAGCCCAAUCUCAGACCCAGCAAAGAAGACGAAGGAGAAGGAGAGCGGCAGCAGGAACCCAGAGAGGGCUGAAAAGAGGAAAUCACCGGACACCCCAGCACCCGGGAAGCAGGAAGCAAAGAGGCCCAAGGAAGCGACGGAUGUAGAUGCUCAGAAGCUGGUAGCAAAGAAGGAGAAAAAGCCGGAUGCAGACAAGAAGGACGAAUCUGAAAGCCCCGGGUGCCUGACCUUCGCCAGCGAGGAGGCUGGCGAGACACCAAGUCCUGCAAAGCGCCGACGCUUCGACACGCUGCCGAGCAUGUCGUUUGGGGUCGACACCCCGAAUGGGGCUACUGAGGACAGCCCCGAGGCUCCGAUGAAAACCAGACGCAUCACUCAGCUGACUGACGAAGAGAAGAAGGCCAUUGGCCAGAUGACAUCCCCACAGGUCACGAUUUUCCAAUUGGAGAAAAUCUACGGGAAAAGUGCUGCGCCAGACAGUGCGAAGGCAAAGAUGUACAAGGUUUUGCGGGAGGUGGUGGAAGAGAACACGACUGCUUCCAGGGGUGAGUCCAACGAUGCUUAUCUGAAGGCCAAGAAGCCCCUGACCCCGGAGAAGCAAGCCGAGAAGGAUCUGAAGAGCGUGUGCACGAAGCUGACAAGCUUGCUGAAGCUUAUUCCACAAAAGCUCCUGGAGAUGCGAGGGCUGAAGGUGAGAUCAUUGGAAAACCUCGAGCCCAGGGUGGAAUCCAUUCUGAAGAUAUGCCAGGACAAGCAGCAAGAGAAGAUUGAGAAUGCCGACGCACUUCAAGAGUGGAUUGCCGAGACUACAUCUGAGGUUCUCCAUGAUGCGGAUCAUGAUGUUAAGGAUGCACAGCGGCGGAUCAAUUCGGUCAAAGCCAAAGAGAAGAAGGCCGACGCUGAGGCAAAGGCUGACGCAGAAGCCGACCACAGCGAAGAGGAGCACAGCGACGAGGAGGCCAUGAACCUCGAUCGCACGAUACCACUUGUUAUUCAUGGUGAUGAUGCCGAGUGUCACCGUCGGCGAUCGUUUAUGGUUAUGACUUGGGGUAGUGCCCUAGUGCAUGCUACACCGUGGGAUUCGAAGUUCGUUGCCUAUGUGGGAGACAACAAUCAGCUCGGAGAUGAAGCCUACAAGGUCCUCGAUGCUUGGGUGGCAUGGUCUCUCCUGGAGUUAAUGCUAGGGCAUUGGCUCGAUGUGGAUCCCUGGGGCAAUCCCUUCAAUCGAGGGCGAAAGGGGCCUAUCGCCGAAGGAUGGCGGGGUGUACUGGCUGUCCACAAAGGCCUAUGCAACGGUCAACUCAGCGACGAGCACGAAGGCGUCGAAAGAUCCCAGUUCCCCGAAUCUUUACACGUACCAUGGUGCAUGACCACUUCCGAGUUCAUACAACACGGUUGUCGUCAGAAUGCUUGGGUGUGCAUGCCCGGUUGGCACAUCGACCUACUGAUGUAUGACUGGCUUCAUGUGCUGGAUCUAGCGGUGGUACCGGACUGUGUGGCCUCGGCAUUGCUGGAGCUGACUGCUCCCGGUGUUGGCUUGUUCGUCGGAAGCGAUCAAGACGAAAGGUUGCGAGCGGCGGUAUUCAUCAACCUCGUGCGCAUGAGAGAAGCGAUCUCUAUCAACAACGGCAAUCAGUUUUCCACCCUCUCCGAUGCCAACAUCCAGAAGCUUCAGGAGGCCAACUACUUGUUCCACUGUGCACUGAAUGGCCAGGGCCCUGGCUGUAAGCUCCGUAUAGGCAUAGGUGUAUAG